CAGCAGCCGGGGCGAGCAGGGGUGGGGGGUGCGUACGCCUUGGAAAAAACACUUUCGCUUCCGACCCGGCCCCCGCGUGGGAAAGGAGCGUCGGAUUUUCCCACGCGUGGCUGCGCUAGCCCCGCCCCAUUCCCCGAGAGCGCCCGGUGAGUGCAAAGGGCAUUUGGGGGGCAGGGGAAGCCCCCCAGGACAAAGAAAGGGGGCUUGGGGAAAGGGGGGGAACCGAGGAAUGGAGGACAAAGGCUAGGGAAGGAAGGGGAAUGAUUUCCGGUACAAGGGCGGGGAGGGGGGGUGGCCGGAAUUGGAAAUUCCUACCGAGCACCCAUAUUUUUGGGGGGGUCUUUCUUUGCUCCUCGCUGCAGAGCAAAGGAGCCCCCACUCCUCUUCCCCCCUCCCCCACUCAGGAUAUUCCUCCCACUCCAGACCAGAAGCAGGAUUGCAUUGCAAAGCUGCUUCUAUACCGAGUCGGAGCCUAGCCCAAUACUGUCAGCACAGGCCGGCAGCGGUCCUCCCCAGGUGGCAGGCAGGCAGGGGGGUCUCUCUCCCUGGAGAUGCCUGGGAUUGACAGCGGGACUUCAUGCAACUGCUCCGCCUUAUAUUGAAUCAGGCAAUUCGUCUGUCUAGUCUAGUGCUGCCCACACUGGCUGGCAGCGCCUCUCCAGGGUUUGCAGGCAGGGGGCCAUCUCCAGUCCUGCCUGUUCCAGCUGUUGGCAAUCGCCGGGGCUGUUUGGCAUGUCCUCCCCCCUUGGCUUUUGCUAGGCUCUGCAGUUCAGCAGACACACGACUCGCAGGAAUGAAAGAAUACGGUCCUCUGGUGAGCAGAACCCUGCGCAGAAAGGUUGCGGCGUAAUUGGGACGUUUCCGUUCAGAGAAAAAGGCAAGUAAGAGGCGGCAGGAAGCUUAUGAAACCCCACAGGGCAUGGAGAAAGCGGGGCAGAGGAAGGCUUUUCCUCUGUCUCUCCUAAUGCAAGACCUCGUGGAAUGUUGGAAGAUUCGGGAGAGAGGAAAAAAACACAAAAGUCCUUCUCGGCUUUAAAAAAGAUGAGAAAAAUCCAGAGGACGAGAGGGCAGUCCAUGGCUAGUGGCCAGGAUUGCUGUUAUCUUCCUUUACGGCCAGAGGCAGGGAUGCCUCUGGGUACCAGUUGUCUGAAGCCACAGGAGCGGAGAAGGCUCUUAUGCUUGGAUCCUGUCCGUGGUUCUCCCACAGGCAUCCACUGUGAGAACAGGAUGUUGGACUAAAUGGGCCAUUGACAUCAUCCUGCAAACUCUUGCUAUGUGCUUCUACCUACCACCUUGAUAUAUUUUUACGAAACUGCAGAUUAUAACUCUGUAAAUGAAUAGUAGAUAGAUAGAUAGAUAAUUUAUUAUGGUCGGAGACCAGCUUAUAAAACACACUUUGGGGUACAGUGGUGCCUUGCAAGACGAAAUUAAUCCAUUCUGCGAGUCUCUUCGUCUUGCGGUUUUUUCGUCUUGCGAAGCGUGGCUAUUAGCGGCUUAGCGGCUAUUAGCGGCUUAGCGGCUUUAAGAAAAAGGAAACAAACUCGCAAGAACUCGCAAAACCCUUUCGUCUUGCGAAGCAAGCCCAUAGGGAAAUUCGUCUUGCGGAACGAUUCAAAAAACGCAAAACCCUUUCGUCUAGCGAGUUUUUCGUCUUGCGAGGCAUUCGUCUUGCGGGGCACCACUGUACAAUCCCAGAAGGAAAACAAACAUUUAAAACAAUGUACAACAAUAAAUCUAAAAUUUAAAAAUGUGAUAAGCACAUAGAAGCUUAAAACUUUAAGAUAAGCUAGGGCAGAGAGAUGGCUCAGGGAACCGAGUUUGGGGGUUUUCUUAACUAACUAGUUUGGGUCAGAGGAUGGUCUGCACCUACAGAUCUGUACACAGAAUCUGGCGACCAUCCAGGUCGUCUUAUGAUCUUUGCCUAACAGGAAAAGGUCAAUUUUUUGCUUUUGCGAGAGGUCAGCGAGCCUCAAAAAUAGUAGUUUCCUUUAAAAAUAUAUAUGCCCACCCUUCAAUAAUGUGCCUUUCCCACACCAGGUGUAAACGUUUUGUUCAGAUUCAACUAAUGUUUACUUGGAUGUAGACCCACUGAAAUUAAGGGGUUGAAGUUGGUCAUGAUUAAUCCAUUCAGGGGAUGCAAAAGUUAGUUGAAUGCAAGACAGAUUAUACUACUGCUUCUUUAUUAGUUUUUUUUAAAAAAAAGUUUACAUAAACUAGCCCAGGAAAAUGGUGGAAUGGCUGUAUGAAAACAUGGGUUUAAUAUUAAACAAAUGUAAGGUUUAGAUGCAACGCCAGGGAGUACUUUUUCAGAAUGCAAAGAUAUGCAGGUGACAAAUACUAUUCCUGGCAUCCCUUAAAUGAAAAGAAUGUUUUUAGCAGCACCCGCACUUCGGAACUACCUGCCUCUUGACACCAGGCAGGAGCCUUCACUGUACUUUUUUUGGCAGCUGCUGAAAAUAUUUUCGUUUAGGCGAGCCUUAUCAGGCCUGCAGAGCGUGGAUGUCUGUUUUUCAACCUGCUUCCAGCUUAUCGCUGGUUUUAAUCGUUACUUCCUGAACGUUUUAGAUAGUUGCCUUUAAAAACAGUUGUUUUAUUCUUUUCGUAAGCUGCUAAAUUGUUUCGCCGUGAUUCCUGCAAAACGGGGUUGGACUGGUAACCCAUCAUGUGUCUCUUCCAGCCCUGCAGUUCUGUGAUACGAACACGUCUGCCUGCCUGUUCUGCGUCUGCUGAGAACUAUGUGCUUUUUUCUUUCAGCUGCCUGUUUCCUUAAAGAAGGUGGCUGUUCAAUUCACCAAAGAGGAGGAAAAGGAAGAAGCAGAGUGGACUCUGUCGAGUCCAGGCCAAACAACUCUCUGUACAGGGGAGUCAUGCUGAAGAAUGAUGGGGAUGUGGAGUCUCUAGGUAAGAAUCCCGUUUCCCCCUCUUCCGAUAGAUCAAAACAGCCUUCCUCCACGUUGGAUGUUUUAGACUACAACUCCCAUCAUUCCUCUCUCUCUCUCUCUCUAUUAUUAUUAUUAUUAAAUUUAUAUCCCACCCUGCUUCCCAAAAGCAGCCCAGGACAGCAAACAGUUCUGUAAUUACACUUACACACACACACACACACACACACACACACACACAUAUAUAUAUAUAUAUAUAUACACACACACACACACACACACACAUGAAAUAAAAGCAUAUUUUAAAAACCUGAAAGCUAUUUAAAACUUCUGAAAGCUAUUGAAAACAUAUUAAAACAUCUAAAUACAGUGAAACAUCUAAUACAAAUUUAGGAACAGAUGCAUCCGAAUCACCUGUCUGGGUCUGCCAAAAGAAAAGUUUUCAGCAGGUGUCUAGAAGAAUUACCGUAAUGAUUCCUGCCUAAUAAUCAAGAGGCAGGGAGCUCCAAUGUACAGGAGCUGCUUCAAUAGACUCCUUACAAACUUGCCAAAUUCUGUUAUUUUCCCUGUUUCUUUUUUAUUAAGUUAUUUAUUUAUUUAAGAUUUUCUUGAUUUACAAAAGUGUGUGCAAUGUUUCUCUCUCUCUCUCGUAUAUUUUCCCCCCAUGUAACAUUUUUACAAAUCAGUUUCAUUUGUUGAGACAUUGUGGAAACUGCCAUCAUUCCUGAUCACCAGCCAGGCUGUCUUGGGCCAGGCUGAUGGGAACUGUAGUCCACAUCAUCCAGACAGCACCCAUGUUCGGGUACCCUGAUUUAGAGAAUUCCUGUUUUUAUCUUGCAUUUCUAGCAAACUUCCACACACACCCCACCCGAGGAAAUGUGCAUCAUUCUCUCACUCCUCUUUUAAUCUGCCAAGCAACCCUGCUAGGUUAGGCUGAGGAGCAGUGACAGGAAAAAAAGGAAAGCAUUUCUUCACACAUUGCAUAGUUAAACUGUGGAACUUGAAAGAGGAUGAGAGAAAUUCACGGGGCGGAGGGAAGGCUCUCAAUGGCUGCUUAGCCAACAAUGCUAGACUCCAGUCUGAUACUAAUAAACUGGAAGCAUAAAGAUAUGAUACCCUUUGAUCAAUGAAUCAACAAUGUGACAACACGUGCAGCUUAUGAAGAGACUGCUUAGAGACUUGGUUUGGAUAAAUGGGACAACAGAUAGAAUGGGUUUCUGCACAGUGUAAGGCUAUUAACAUCUGUGUAUGUAUUAGGAUAGGGAUGUGGGUGGCGCCGUGGGUUAAACCACAGAGCCUAGGACUUUCCGAUCAGAAGGUCGGUGGUUCGAAUCCCCGCAAUCGGUCCCUGCUCCUGCCAACCUAGCAGUUCAAAAGCACGUCAACGUGCAAGUAGAUAAAUAGGUACCGCUCUGGCGGGAAGGUAAACAGCGUUUCCGUGUGCUGCUCUGGUUCGCCAGAAGCGGUUUAGUCAUGCUGGCCACAUGACCCGGAAGCUGUACGGCGGCUCCCUCAGCCAAUAAAGCGAGAUGAGUGCCACAACCCCAGAGUCGGUCACGACUGGACCUAUUGGUAAGGGGUCCCUUUACCUUUAUGUAUUAGGAUAAUAACACUAUAUCAGUCUAUAUAAGAAUGUAUGGGAAUACAGUUGUACCUCGGGUCCCGGGAGUCAAAUGUUCUGGCUCCCAAACAAUUGAAAACCGGGAGUGAGUGUUCCGGUUUUUGAACGUUCUUUUGGGAGCCGAAACGUCUGACGGGGCUUCCGUGGAGUCUGACUGGUUGCAGAAGCUUCCUGCAGCCAACCAGAAGCUGCGCUUCGGUUUCCGAAUGUUUCAGAAGUCGAACAGACUUCCAGAACGGAUUCCGUUCGACUUCCGAGGUACGACUGUAUUGCAUUUUUGUAGAUAUAUUUUUAUUAUACGCAUUUUUGUGUCUCCCCCUUUUUCCCCCCUCUGUUGGUCUUUAUACAGUGGUACCUCGGCUUAAGUACUUAAUUCGUUCCGGAGGUCCGUUCUUAACCUGAAACUGUUCUUAACCUGAAGCACCACUUUAGCUAAUGGGGCCUCCCACUGCCGCUGCACAAUUUCUGUUCUCAUCCUGAAGCAAAGUUCUUAACCUGAAGCACUAUUUCUGGGUUAGCGGAGUGUGUAACCUGAAGUGUAUGUAACCUGAAGCGUAUGUAACCCGAGGUACCGCUGUAAUUGAUUUUUUCCCGAUAAAGUAUUAAUAUUAAAAAUCAAUACUAGCCUCCACAGAAGCAGUGCUUCUGAAUCCCAGUUGCUUGAAGCUGCAAGUGGGGUGAAUGCAGUUGUGCACACAUCUUGCUUAUGGGCUUCCCAUUGGGGAAUAAUAAUAAUAAUAAUAAUGAUGAUAAUAAUCUAUUUAUACCCUGCCCAUCUUGCUGGGUUUUCCCAGCCACUCUGGGCUGCUCCCAACAGAAUAUUAAAAACAUGUGAGAACGGGCUGCUGGACUGGAUGGGCCUGAUUCAGUAGCCUGUUCUCAUGCUCUUAUUUCUCUGGGGGUGGGCGUUGGGCAUCCCAGAGAAUCCGCAAAAACAGCAUGGUUUAUUUUUUUCUUUUAAAGAAGGACCUCAGAUUCCACGGCCACACCUCAUCUCCUGGUUGAAAGAAGUAGAGGAGCAAUUUGUCCGGGACGGAUCUGCAGGUAGGGGCUUUUGACUUGCUGUGGGACUAUGUUCUCGUCUGGUUCCCUUGAGGUGCAAUGGAGAGGGGCCAAGCUCAUUCUGGGGGUUCAUUAGGCGAGGAACUGGAAAUCACACUGCCUUUAGACAAAUCUAUGGUGCAGCCAGAUAUGAAAUACAGUGGUACCUCAGGUUAAGUACUUAAUUCGUUGUGGAGGUCUGUUCUUAACCUGAAACUGUUCUUAACCUGAAGCACCACUUUAGCUAAUGGGGCCUCCCGCCGCCACCGCACCGCCAGAGCACAAUUUCUGUUCUCACGCUGAAGCAAAGUUCUUAACCCGAGGUAAUAUUUCUGAGUUAGUGGAGUCUGUAACCUGAAGCAUAUGUAACCCAAGGUACCACUGUAUAUUGUGCAGAUCUGGCCUCCUCCCCUCAAAAUAAUAAUAAUGAGGAGGAGGAUGAUGAUAAUAAUAAAAAUAUGUCCUUCCAGUAUAAUGUCCUGCUUGGGGUUUGUGUGUGUGAAAUAUCAGAGGCAGCUCGGAUAAAAUGCUAUAUGGCGAAAGGAGCAGGUGGCUGUGCAAUUAUGUAGAGCCCAAGUGGUUAGCGGUUCUUCUUAAUAAAAGUUAGCCCUUCAGUUGAAACGCUGAAGAAAAUGGAUAUGCAACAACCAUUGUUGGCAUCCAAUUGUCUCGAAAAAUAAUGGAGUGCGCCUCAGAGGUGGGGGGGGGUUUGAAGUCGAGAUAGCAGCACUGAAGUGACCUCCUGGGGCACAACAACAACAACAACAACAAUUGUUUAUUGUUUAUACCUUGCCCAUCUGACUGGGUUUCCCCAGCCACUCUGGGCAGCUCCCAACAGAGUAUUAAUAAUAAUAAUAAAACAUCAAACAUUAAAAACUUCCCUAAAUAGGGCUGCCUUCAGGUGUCUUCUAAAAGUCAGAUAGUUGUUUACUUCCUUGACAUCUGAUGGGAGGGCGUUCUACAGGAUGGGUGCCGCUACCAAGAAGGCCCUCUGUCUGGUUCCCCAUAACCUCACUUCUCGCAAGGAGGGAACCGCCAGAAGGCCCUUGGAGCAGAACCUCAAAAGGGCACUGCAGAGUUCAGAAAGGUUUAUUUAUUUCAUAUUAUUGAGAAAAGGGCAGCCAGAAAAGUUGCAGCAUUUGGGACCUUUUAGCUCAGAGAAAAGGCAAGUAAGAGGUAAUAGCUUUAUUCAACUAUCACAAGGGCUGUCACAUGGAAGAUGGAGCAAGCUUGUUUUCGCCUGCUCUGGAGGCAGGAUUCAAACCCAUGGCUUCAAGUUACAAGAAAGGAGGUUCUGACUAAACAUCAGGAAGACCUUUCUGACAGUAAGAGCUGUUCAUUAGUGGAACGGUCUCCCUCCGGAAGUUGUGGCCUCUCCUUCAUUGGAGAUUUUUAAGCGGUGGUUGGAUGGCCAUCUGUCAUGGAUGCUUUAGCAGAGAUUCCUGCAUUGCAGCAGGUUUGUCAGGGUCCAGUUCACGGGCGAUCAAAGUCCUGGCAGGGGACGUCAGGACCGGGGACAAGAUGGCGGGGUGGGAGCAGGAACGGGGGUCCAGAAGCCAGGAGUCAGGAAGCCAAGAGUCCGAGGGUCAGGAAGCAAGGAGUCAGGAAGUCAGGGGUCCGAGGAUCAAGAAGCAGGGAGUCAAGAAGCCAAGGUUCAAGGAUCAGGAAGCAAGAAGCCAUAGGUAGGAAGCAUGUUGCUGUGGCAAAGAGCCGAAGGGAAAUGCUGAUCUUAUAUCCCUUCCUGGCUCUUGUCACCAGGUGCUGUGAGUUACUAAUCGGCCUCACCUGUGUGGCUGCGCCUUGCCUCUUCAGAACAAACUUAGGAAGGCCCCCACCCUGCAAAGUCCUAUUGGUCACAGGGGCUGGCUCCUGCAUGCACACCUGACAGGGUUGGGCUAGAUGACCCUCAGGGUCCCUUCCAAAUCUACAAUUCUGCUAUUCUAAGAUUGUAAGAUAAGGGAUGCAGGUGGCGCUGUGGGUUAAACCACAAAGCCUAGGACUUGCUGGUCAGAAGGUCAGCAGUUCGAAUCCCCGCGACGGGGUGAGCUCCCGUUGCUUGGUCCCAGCUCCUGCCAACCUAGCAGUUUGAAAGCACGUCAAAGUGCAAGUAGAUAAAUAGGUACCGCUCUGGCGGGAAGGUAAACAGCGUUUCCGUGCGCUGCUCUGGUUUGCCAGAAGCGGCUUAGUCAUGCUGGCCACAUGACCUGGAAGCUGUACGCCGGCUCCUUCAACCAAUAAAGCAAGAUGAGCGCCGCAACCCCAGAGUCGGCCACUACUGGACCUAAUGGUCAGGGGUCCCUUUACCUUUUAAGAUUAUAAGAUGAAACAUGGCAUGGAGAGAGUAGGGGCAGAACCCGGCUUGCCCAUCUCCCACAGGCGUCUGGUGGGGCACCGUGAAAACAGGGUGUCUAAUUUUCAUUCAUGUAUAAAUGUUGUAAACCAGUCCGAUAUUUUUGAAAUGAAUAGCGUCAUACAGUGGUACCUCGGGUUAAGAACUUAAUUCAUUCUGGAGGUCCUUUCUUAACCUGAAACUGUUCUUAACCUGAGGAACCCCUUUAGCUAAUGGGGCCUCCCACUGCUGCCACACUGCUGCCUCGUGAUUUCUAUUCUCACCCUGAAGCAAAGUUCUUAACCCGAUGUACUAUUUCUGGGUUAGCGGAGUCUGUAACCUGAAGCGUCUGUAACCCGAGGUACCACUGUAUAAAUAUUUAUCUCAGCAAAUAUAUAAAUCAAACCAAAUUCUGCAGCCUCUCCUCAGGGGAGUCGCGCCUUAAAUUGUGUCCUGCAGCAAAUAGGGCUUCUCAGGCAAGCGACGCUGAAAAUAUCUCCGCUGGUGUGCUUUUCUUCUUGUCACCCUGACAGGCAGGGGACAAACGUCACUGACGCGUUCCGGAUCCUUUCCUCCUUGUGGCGAAGUGGAAAGAGCUGCUUUGCACCCAGCGCAGGUAGGGGAAGGAUCCACACUGAGUGGAGGUGGUCGUCCCGAGAGGGUUGCUCCUCCCACUUGCCUCAGAGGCGGGGCUAUGCAAAUAAGUUCCUUCCCUCCUUCAGUGGGAGGAGCCUCCCCCAGUUGAGUCCUGCCUGCUUCGAGGCAAUGGGGCUUCCUACAGCGCUCAGAAUUUCAGGGUUUUGCGACUUGGCAUGGUCAGUUUGAGAUGUGUGCCGAGAUGUGAGACUCGAGAGUAAAACUGCAGCCCCGUGCAUUGUGGCGCAAGUCACCUGGGUGGCGCCGAGAGUCAAAAUGGCACACCAUGCGACGCAUGAGUAAAAUUGCUUUAGAAAAAAACCUUUCAAAAAAACCAACAACUUGCAACUAGACAUUCCAUAACUGAGGUUUAAGGCUCCAUUUGGCAAACAGCUUACAUAUCUGAUUUUCUAACACUGGGCUUAUGUUGGAGGGAUUCUUACAGUAAAAAGUAGAUGGGAGGAUGCGUGGUGAUGUGGGGUGAAUAGGGAAUCAGUGAAAUUCACCUCUUCUCUCCCAUGAGUGGGAACCUGGAAUGACCAUUCCAUGAGCAGAACUACACUCCAGAACCAACCCACAAUUAGGACAGAGACACAUGAAGUUGAAAUUAAAUUCCUAGUUUGCCACUUAGAUGCCACCUAGGUGUCAAAGGGUAUGAGAGCAUUAUCUGGGCUAGAUGAUUAGGCUGAUGCCACUUACAUUAGCUAUCCAGUUUCCUAAAACAUCAUACAUCCUCCAAGUAUUGCCCUUUUGUGUUCCAACUACAUUUUGCCCCACUUUUAAUAAGAGCAUUCCAAACUCACAUUAUGCCAGCUAGAAAUAAGUGAAUUAUUUCCUCUGUUAUUCACCAGAAUAUAUAUCCCUCUUGGGGGAUCCUUCUGCAACAGAAGGAUGCAAGAUCAUUGGCCCAUCUUGCCCAGCAUCCUGUUCUCACGGCGGGAAACCAGAUGCAUUGUGGGAAACCAGCAAGAGAAUCUGAGCGCAGCAACUCCUCACUGUGGAGUGCUUUGUUUUGCUUCUGUUGGGAACUCUCACGGGGUGCGUGGUUCAAACUGUGGAAUUUGCUCCCAGUCAGGGACUGAGCUGAGGAGGAGGAGGAGUGGUGGAGAUUGCUUCCCCAUCCUGACCCUCCCAGGGAGGAGGAAGAGGAAGACAGCAUAGAUUUACAACAGGGGUUUGAGGGAGGUCACAGAUGAGGGGGAAAGUUGGGAAAUGAUGGGAGAGGCAGAGCAGCAGCUGGCUGACCAGUUGCCACUAGAAAACAUUCCAGACCCACCAUCUCCCAGAACCCGGCAAGCCUUAAAAGUAGGAGAGCAAAGAGCUCAAAGACAGAGGGCACUUAGUGGCACCCGUAGAGGCGGUGAUGAUGACGACGAGUGAGGAAGUGGGAGAGACGGGCGGUGGCGAUUCACUUGGCUCAAUGCCAUUAUCCGAGAGGCUGGGUUCUAUGGCUUUGAAAUAAAAAAGGACUGUAAGAACCGCCUCUCCUGGUAUGCCCCGUGGAGGACCUUAAGGUCCACAAAUGACAACAUUUUGGAGGUCCCAAGUCGCAAGAUGGUUAGAUUGGUCUCAGUUAGGGCCAGGGCCUUUUCAGUACUGGCCCUGACUUGGUGGAACGCUCUGUCACAAGAGACUAGGGCCCUGUGGGACUUGACAUCUUUCCGCAGGGCCUGCAAGCCAGACCUGUUCCGCCUGGCCUUUGGUUUGGACUCAGUCUGACCCUUAUGUUUCCCUCCCCUUAUGGUCUUGAUCUAUGGGCCACUUUUAAAAUGAGGCUGCAUUUAAAAUUGCAUUUUAACCUGUAUUUUAAAUUGGUGGUUUUUUCCCCCCCUAUUAUGUUUUUACUGUAAUUUUACUGGUGUUAGCCGCCCUGAGCCAGGCUCUGGCCAGGGAGGGCAGGGUAUAAAUUAAUAAUAAUAAUAAUAAUAAUAAUAAUAAUAAUAAUAGUCUUUAUGCUUCCCUGGGCAACCAGCCUGGAGCCGAUGACAGCAUACAGACAGUCCCACAGGAGGCAGUGAUGGCUGCCAAACUUUAAAAGAGGAUUAGACAGAAUCAUGGAGCAACAGAGGCCACAAUGCUUCUGAAUACCAGUUGCUGGAAACCGAAGAAAGGGAGAGAGCUGCUGUGUCUGGUCCUCCUUGCAGGUUUCCCACAGGCAUUUGGCGGCCACUGUGAGAAUAGGAUGGUGGACCGGUGACCUUAUCUGACUGGGACGACUCGUUCAAAUGGGUGGCAUAUAACUAAAUUAUUAUUAGGACCCUCGUACCUACGGGACCGCCUCUCCCGGUAUGCCCCGAGGAGGACCUUAAGGUCCAUAAAUAGCAACACCAUAGAGGUCCCGGGCCCUAAGGAAGUUAGAUUGGCUUCAACCAGAGCCAGGGCCUUCUCAGCACUGGCUCCGGCCUGGUGGAACGCUCUGCCUCAUGAGACCAGGGCCCUGCAGGAUCUGAUUUCUUUCCGCAGGGCCUGUAAGACAGAGUUGUUCCGCCUGGCCUUUGGCUUGGAGCCAAUUUGAUUCCCUCCCCCUCUUUCUUUUUUGCUUUCUCCUUCUGUGAUGGAACUCCUAUUUGGGGACUUCCCUGGCUUUUUUAUGGCCCAUGUAGGACCAGUCUGGAUAGCUGGCCUUGGUGAAGACUUGACAUUUUCAUCCCCAAAAAAGAUUUUGAUUGAGUUUCCGCUGAAAUGAGGCUGCAUUUUAAUGUUUUAAUGUUGUAUUUUAAUAUUUUUUUUAAGCUGUAUUUCAAUCAAUUAUUUGUAUGCUUGGUGUUAGCCGACCUGAGCCCGGUCUUGGCUGGGGAGGGCGGGGUAUAAAUUUUAUUAUUAUUUUUAUUUUUAUUUUUAUUAUUAUUAUUAUUAUUAUUAUUAUUAUUAUUAUUAUUAUCCAGCAAGCUGUUCUUUUGUUUUGUUUUGCUUUUCUGCUAUUGCUUUGGUGAAUUGUUGCUGUUGCUGUUGCUGUUGCUGUUGUUGUUGUUGUUGUUGUUGUUGUUGUUCUGCCCAUCUGACUAGGUUGCCCCAGCCACUCUGGGCAACUUCCAGCGCUAUAUAGAAAUGCCAUAAAACACCAGACGUUAAAAACGUAGAAAAAGCAAGAAACAACCUGGGAUAAUGGUAUAUAUUGAGGUAAUUCUUUCUUCUUCUUUUAGGGUCUGGUGUCCUUUGAGGAGGUGGCAGUGAUUUUCACGGAGGAGGAGUGGUCUCUGCUGGAUCCAGGCCAAAGAGCUCUGCACAAGGAAGUCAUGCUGGAGAACUACCAAAAUGUGGCCUCUCUGGGUAAGGACCCCAUUUCCCCUUUUUGGAUAGACCUCCUGUGAUUCUCAUUGAUUACUGGUUAAGAUGUUUCCAGGGAGGAAGGAUGUAGCCAGUGGUCCAUUCUGACUAAGCUUAGGCCUCGGGUCUUGCUUGUGGGCUUCCUGAUGAAGCAUCUCGUUGGCCCCAGUGAGAACAGGAUCCUGGACUAGACAGAUCUAUAGCCUGGUCCAGCUUCAUUCCUGAGGUGAUUCCUUCUGGCCUGGCCAAUAAGUCAAUGGCUUUUUAAAGUUGUGAUGAGGAGUCAGUUGAGAAACCAGACGAUGCUUCCUGGGUCUCCUUUGUGUGGGAUGUAUCAUCACUGAAGCAGUCAAGCACAACAUUUCCUGUUGCCUAGAGUGGACAUGCAGGGGAAUGUUGCUCCAGACAGGGAGGACUUCCUGCCAUACCUGCUUUGGAGCAUCCUCCACCUGUGUGUGACCAGGUAGAUGAGCAUGACCCUACUAGACCCAAUAAAAGGGCCAGCCACACAGCCAUCUUCCUCUCUUUGGCUCUUUUGCCAUGUUCCUCUCUGCUGGCCCUUAGCCAGCAGCACAUAGCUCAUCCUUACAAAGGAUGGAAGCCACGCGGUAAAAAGUCUGAGGCCUAGCUCAUAGACUUCUUUUCUCUACAAAUGUAACUGUAACCACAAGAUAAAGCCUGUCUUCAGAAUACUACUGUGAACUGAAUGUAAGUACAGUCGUACCUUGGAAGUUGAACGGAAUCCAUUCCGAAAGUCCUUCGACUUCCAAAACGUUUGGAAACCAAAGCACAGCUUCUGGUUGGCUGCAGGAAACUCCUGCAGCCAAUCGGAAGCUGCGGAAGCCCUGUCAGACAUCCGGCUUCCAAAAGAACGUUAGAGAAGCGGAACAGUCACUUCCGGGUUUCGAUCUUUUGGGAGCCAAAAUGUUUGAGAACUAGGCUGUUUGACUUCCAAGGUACGACUGUAAACCUUACUCUUACUUUUAAACAAGACUGCCAUGUUGUUAUUAUUUUAAGAGGGAAAUAAAAAGGGGAAACUUACCAGACUGGAUUGCUUAACUUAAAUGAUUCUAACGAAUCCAUCAGCUUGCUUCCAGCAAUCUGCAAGGGAAUGUUCUCUGCUGCUUGCUCACUAGUGUGAGUGAGGAUGGAUUAUAUUAAUAAUAAUAAUAAUAAUAAUAAUAAUAAUUAUUUUAUUUAUACCCCGCCCUUCCUGGUUCAAAAACCGGGCUCAGGGCGGCUAACAACACAUUUAAAACACUUAAUUAUAAAAGCAGCAUAAAAUACAGUAUAAAAACAUGAAAAACAAUAAAAAUCUAAAAAUCAAAAAUCAAUUUAGGGGAAAUAAGCAUUAGAUAAUCCCCAGGGCUAGCUGGCUGAAUUGGUCCUACUUGGGCCAGCAAGGAGGCCAGGGGAGAAUUAGCUGUGAGGUCUCAGAGCAGGUGAUCUUCAUAAAAGGGAAGGGGGAGGGAAGAGAAGGGAAAUAAAAGAUCAGGCUGAAUUCAAAUUAAAGGCCAUGUGGAAUAGCUCUGUCUUACAGGCCCGGUUGAAGGAGGUUAAAUCCUGAAGGGCCCUAGUCUCAUGGGACAGAGCAUUCCACCAGGUCAGAGCCAUCACUGAAAAGGCCCUGGCCUUGGUGGAGGAUAGUCUGACUUCCUUAGGGCCCUUAGGGAUUUAUUUAAUCAAUAAAUCCUCUCCUACCUUCCUCAACAUUCCCAUACUUUGGAGGUGGUGGGCUGGUCCAAACAGGAAGUCUGCUCUUCUCUCUGCAAAGGGGAAAGAGAACUGUGAGGAGAACAGAGCCGACUUGUCUUCCUGGGUUCCUGCCUCGCACUGCCAGACGGAGAGCUUGAACUCCCAGCUGAGUUUAAUGCCUAAAUCAGGGCAGAACGAAGUCAAGGCAAGAGGAAUAGAUACCCGGCAAGGCGCAAGCUAAGGUGCCGACCCAACAAGCAACGCUCUCACCUCACCUUCCUUUUACUAUUUAUUUGCUUUUUAUUGUUUCUGAAUAAUUUUGCAGCCACGAGUACCAUAAGUAAGAACUUAACAUUUCUUCAUUGUCCCUCAAAGAAGGGCCUCUGGUGCCCAAAUCUGAUCUCGUCUCCUUGCUAGAAGAAAAAGAAGACCUGUGUGGCCAGGAGACCUUGACAGGUAGGUCUGUAGAUAUUUUUGAGUCUGUACAUCGGCCAGAAAUGACGGGACGCCCUCAGAUAGAUAUAGGCCUGGGGAAAUCCAUCUGAUAACUGAGGGGUUUCAGAGCAAAGCCUGCCUUUUCAAGCCAUGGUUUCUAAAAGCCUUGAGUUUCAUAGAUGCCGCAUUUGAAAUCCCUUUUUUGCGUUGCUUUUAGCAGGGUCUGCAAGAGCAUCUUGUGCUUCAUAUUAUGUAUAUUUUAAUUUUAUACAGUGGAAUCUUGGUUGUUGAGUGUAAUCCGAUCCAGAAGACUGUUCAGCUUUCGAAACGUUUGACAACCGAGGUGCAAUUGCCAGUUGGCAGUUGCAGUGGAGAAACACGCCUCAGAAGCCAUUCAACUUCUGAGGUGCGUUCAAAAACGGAAGCAUUCACUUCUGGGUUUUCGGCGUUCGAAAGCCAAAAAGUUCGACUUCCGAAGCCUUCAACGAUUGAGGUUCCACUGUACUGUAAAUAAAGUCAGAGAGCACACACACACACACAAACAUAUUUACACACUUAAUUAUCUAGUGUAAACCAAUUUGAGAUCUUUCAGAUAGCAAGCGAUCUAUACAUGGAAUAAAUAUGUGAGUUGAACAUUCCCCCAGCCUUUGUGGUCAUAUCACAGCCUCCAUCAUCUCCCAUUGGCCUGGGGGAGAAUAAAGGACAGACAAAAGAGCCAAUCAGCUGUGCUGGGGGCUGGAUCAAGGCCAGGGGAAAGACCCAUUGGUUGGCAUUACAAAUAUUAGCACUUCCUUCGGCUUCCAUUUAUUGUCAGGCACAGCUCUCCUAGCAAGCAACUGUCCUGGCUGAACCAUUUCCCCCAAUUAAUUUUCUAUGAACUGCAAAUCAAACAGCAGGAUCUACCGUAUUUUUCGCCCUAUAGGACGCACCGGCCCAUAGGACGCACCUCGUUUUCAGGGGGGGAAAUCAAGUAAAAAAAUAUGAUCCCCCCCCCGCAGCUCUGGGAGCAGUGGACAGGCUGCACGCAGCCUGUGCGCUACUCCAAGACCUUCUCCCUGCUUUUGUGGGAGGUGGCGGAAUUCCCCCACCUCCCGCAAAAGCCCACAGGAGCCCAGCGUGACUCCUGCAGGCUUUUCGACCAGGAGGGAGAAGGGCCUGAAAUGGCCAGUCAGUCCCUACUCCCUCCUCGAGGAAAAGCCCCCAAGAGCGGUGCGCUCUUUAAAGGGUGCGCGGCUCUUGUGGGCUUUUCUAGGAGGUGGGGGAAUUCCCCCCUCCCUCGUAGAAAAGCCAGCAGAAGCCGCGGAGCCCCUUUAAAGAGCGCGUGGCUUUUGCCUGCUUUUGCGGGAGGUGGGGGAAUUCCCCCAUCUCCCGCAAAAGCCCGCAGGAGGGUUGGAGAGUAGCGGGAAGGCGUUGCGCGCCUUCCUGCUGCCCCCCAUCCUCUGGGUCUGGUGGUGGGGGAAGCGCUGCUUUCCCCCACCGCCAGCCUCAAAGAGCAGACUCUCCUGGCUUCAGCGGAAGCAACGUGAAGCCUCCAGAGCGCAGGCUUCGGAGGCUUCGCGUUGCUAUCGCUGAAGCCAAGGAGCCUGCAUUCGCCCCAUAAGACGCACACACAUUUCCCCUUCAUUUUUGGAGGGGAAAAAGUGCGUCUUAUAGGGCGAAAAAUACGGUAAUUUGUGGCAGGAUUGGCGCCCCCAGCAAGACUUGGAAAGCAUGUCCAGGCAGAGCCAUUUUUAUUGCUAGUCUUUACAUUAUGGAAUUGUCCGCACUUCGUUUUGUUUCCUCCUUUGCACUCAAGUCCAAUUUCUCUCUUGGUCUUUCAGCUGGGGAUGUUUGGGAGACGGACAGCGAAAGCAAAGCUCUUCCGGCAUCCGAGGAAGGCAAGAAUGGCCCAGAGACCGAUGUUGGGCCUCAAGGGGCAGCGAAGGAGCAGGAAGGAAAUAAAAACAAGGUGAAGAAGACGAAACCCGCUGCUCUCUUGGAUAGCGACUGCUAUGAAGUUCCGGUCCACCCCAAAACUCGUAGGAGGCAGAGGAAGAAAGAGUGCCCCGCCUGUGGGAAAAGAUUCGCUCGUAAUUCAACGCUCAACGGCUACACAAAAAGCCGAAUAGGAGAGAUACCAUGUCUGGAGUGUGGGAGCAGGCUCAGGUGAGGUUUUCCUUCUAGUGAUGCUCAAGUGAACUGUCUCCAGUGGUUAUUUUAUGUAGAUUUGUGGAUCAAGCUUUAUCUUCUCUCAGGUGGAGCUGCUGAAGGUAACGGUGGAUUCUAUGCAGUUUAUAAUACAGUCAUACCCCGGAAGUACUGGAAAGGCUUGCUUCCGGGUUUCGCCGCUUGCUCAUGCGCAGAAGCGCUAAAUCGCGCUUCGUGCAUAAGCACCAAAUAGCGCCGCGCACCUGCACAGAUACGGUGCUUCAGGUUGCAGGCUUUUCAUGUUGCGAAUGGGCAUCCAGAACGGAUCCCAUUCAUAACCAGAGGUACCACUGUAUAAGUCAAUCUGUGGUUGGGUUUUUUAAUACAACCUCCCCCCCCCCCUUAAAACACACACAUCAUAUUGGGAGUAUAGGCAAAAGCAUGUAUCAUACAGAUAAAUAUGCACAAGGCACAUCUUCCAUAAUAUAUGCAUUAUUACUAGUACUACUACUACUACUACUACAAUUAAUGUAUUCAUGGCCUUCUGAACUGUCUCUUAGCAAUGUACCCUACUCUCCAACAUUUCUCUAAUGAAAAUAGAGAUGUCCUAUUCCAUCAUCAUCAUAAUUUUAUUAUUUAUACCCCACCCAUCUUACUGGGUUGCCCCAGUCACUUUGGGCGGCUUCCAACAAAUUAAGACACAGUAAGACAUCAUCAUCAACAACAACAACAACAACGCUCAUCUGACUGGGUUUCCCCAGCAACACUGGGCAGCUCCCAACAGAAUACUGAAAACAUGAUAAAACAUCAAACAUUAAAAGCUUCCCUAAACAGGGCUGCCUUCAGAUGUCUUCUAAAAGUCAGAUAGUUGUUUAUUUCCUUGACAUCUGAUGGGAGGGCAUUCCACGGGGAGGGCACCACUACCAAGAAGGCCCUCUGCCUGGUUCCAUGUAACCUCGCAGUGAGGGAACCACCCUCAGAGGAGGACCUCAGUGUCUGGGCUGAAUGAUGGGGGUGGAGAUGCUCCUUCAAACAUUAAAAACUUCCCUAUACAGGGAAACAAUGUUUUGCAAACAAUAUAUAGCAAUAACAGAACAGAACAUCACAUAAACCAUAUAGAAUAGUUAACACAUCAUCAGUAAAAAAAUUACAGUCUAUAAAACUGUAAUGGUUCUAGGGGUUGCUCAUGCGUAAGCCGGUGCCAACACCUGGCUGGGUUGCCUGAGUGAACCUUUUCUGUCCGGACAGCCACUCACCCGUGGCUGUCUCAAUCGCUGGCAGAAUCCGUCAGUGGGCGUUUCUUAAACUUCUUCCAGCAAAGAAGCUCUUUGACACCUAGUCUCCUUCUACUCUCUCUGCGCGAAAUCCUUCUGCGCAAGGAGGGCGUAGGCAGCGGAGGACCCUUACUCUCCCCGCUGGUCCCCGGCAAGGAGUCAUGGGACCGCCUCGCCGAUUCCCCCAUCUGCCCCCCUUCUCCACUGGUGCUACGCUGAUUCUCUUCCCCAGAAGAUGGGCUGCCUCUCCCAAUCCUGGGACGCUCUCUGGAAUCCCUCUGGAGCUUGCUCUCUCCCUCCGGCACUGAUGGCAGUUCCCUGACAAAAACACCACAGUCAUACCUCGGGUUACAGAUGCUUCGGGUUGCACAAUUUCGGGUUGCGCACCGCGCCGAACCUGGAAGUACCGGAAGUGCUGAAUCGCGACCCGCACGUGCACAGAUGUGCCGCGGCAGGUUGCGAACGCUGCGGGUUGCGAACAUGCUUCCCGCACAGAUCACGUUCGCAACCCAAGCAUCUACUGUAUUAGCAAAACAACUUUAAAAACCAGCAAAGAGGAGGGAGAAAGGUUGUUUUCUGCUGCUCCAGAGAAGCGGACAUGGAGCAAUGGAUCCAAACUACAAGAAAGAAGAUUCCACCUAAACAUUAGGAAGAACUUCCUGACAGUAAGAGCUGUUCGACAGUGGAAUUUGCUGCCAAGGAGUGUGGUGGAGUCUCCUUCUUUGGAGGUCUUUAAGCAGAGGCUUGACAACCAUAUGUCAGGAGUGCUCUGAUGGUGUUUCCUGCUUGGCAGGGGGUUGGACUCGAUGGCCCUUGUGGUCUCUUCCAACUCUAUGAUUCUAUGAUUCAAAGCAGCACAAUUACAACAAAAUUUAUAUCAUGGGAUUCACAAAGCGCUACAGUAUUCAUAAGCUGUAAAACAAUCUUAACAAUUAUAACAAAAGAGUGACCAAAAAAUAAACUAAGCACUGUUGAAUUCAUACACGACCUCUUUUCAGCCCUUGUGACUCAGCCAUGUUGUUUAGUCGUUUAGUCGUGUCCGACUCUUCGUGACCCCAUGGACCAGAGCACGCCAGGCACUCCUGUCUUCCACUGCCUCCCGCAGUUUGGUCAAACUCAUGCUGGUAGCUUUGAGAACACCAUCCAACCAUCUCGUCCUCUGUCGUCCCCUUCUCCUUGUGCCCUCCAUCUUUCCCAACAUCAGGGUCUUUUCCAGGCAGUCUUCUCUUCUCAUGAGGUGGCCAAAGUAUUGGAGCCUCAGCUUCAGGAACUGUCCUUCCAGUGAGCACUCAGGGCUGAUUUCCUUCAGAAUGGAGAGGUUUGAUCUUCUUGCAGUCCAUGGGACUCUCAAGAGUCUCCUCCAGCACCAUAAUUCAAAAGCAUCAAUUCUUCGGCGAUCAGCUCUCACUUCCAUACAUCACUACUGGGAAAACCAUAGCUUUAACUAUACGGACCUUUGUUGGCAAGGUUGUCUUCGCUACCUGCACAAAGGUGAACUGAGCAGGUGCCACAAACUAGCUAGUCUUGCAAGGGGGUUUAUCGCGUUUGUUUAUUGCAUAACAACCACAGUUUCUCACUCUUGCCCAUUGCCGUAGGUGGACGAGAGAGGAGACCCAGAAGAUGCUCUGUAUAAUAGCGCACAGCCCCGGCAUUAAGGUGUUCAUGAGCAGCAGUUCGGCCACCAACGAAAGAUACUGGAGAGCCUUGCAGAUCGACAUGCUUGCCGAAGGAUACGUCCGGUCCACCUGCCAGCUGCGUGCCAAAUGGAAGCGCCUGAAGAUCGACUUCUUCAACCAGGGCUUAAAGGCGGCCGACGGGGACGUGCGGGUGAGGCACCCGCCUCCCUUCUAUAAAGAAGUGACUUCCAUCUGGCUUGCAGCUGGGAAGCCCCCAUUCGGGGAACGGAAAAAGCCUGGUAAGUUUUUAAAAGGGGGAGACCUGAUUUGCAGGGGUCCCCCCAUUUUUGCCAAUUAUUUUGUAUUAAUUUUCCAUAUAUUUAACAAAUUAAUUCAAAUUUAACACAAAUUUAAAAGUUGACUAUCCACCCCCCUUUCAAGAUGUUUCUUUUCUGCCCCCCCCCUUUGCUGCUCAUAAUGAAGUACCGUAUUUUUUGCUCUAUAAGACUCACUUUUUCCCUCCUAAAAAGUAAGGGGAACUGUGUGUGCGUCUUAUGGAGUGAAUGCAGGCUGCGCAGCUAUCACAGAAGCCAGAACAGCAAGAGGGAUUGCUGCUUUCGCUGCGCAGCGAUUCCUCUUGCUGUUCUGGCUUCUGAGAUUCAGAAUAUUUUUUUUCUUGUUUUCCUCCUCCAAAAACUAGGUGCGUCUUGUGGUCUGGUGCGUCUUAUAGAGCGAAAAAUACGGUACUUUUUACUUCUAAUACUUUCCCCUGUGUUCUAUUUCCAUUGACUGUGCUUGUUCGAUUCCUGCUUAGACUUUUAUCUAUCUUCCCAGUUAAUCAAGUAAUCUUCUUUUAUCCAUCCAUAUAAAUGAUUAAUCUUAGUUUUAAAUCAUAUUUCCUCCAAUGCAACAUUCACCACGUCUUUAUGCGUUUGCAACAUUAUAAUUAAUAAUUCUAAUUACAGUGGCACCUCGGUUGUUGAAUGUAAUCCGUUCCGGAAGACCGUUUGACUUCCGAAACCUUUGACAACCAAGAUGUUAUGCAGUCCUCUAACCCAAACAAACCUUGAUCACAUCCAUAUUCCUCAUCCCAGUAUCUUACCUUUCUGUUCUCUGCUGGAACCUGUAAACGGUUGAUUUGGCUUGUUCACUGAUUUGACGUUCCACUCAUGCUGGAUUCUCUCUCGUUUUCAGUGGUGGAUGUGUGGGAGACGGACAAUGAAAGCAAUUCCACAAAUGGGGAGCCGCCGUUCAGAAGGCCCUGUCACUGGGCAGCACCAGCCGGGCAGCAGACAGAAGCAGCCCCACCAGCAAGACCUCCCUUACCAACUGUAGGCUCUGAGAUCAGUGAUACCCAGAGAGUCGCUCCUUUGGGUACUUGUGUCCCAAAAUACUUACUUGUUUUAUUUAAGAAUCUACAGGCCGAAUAAAAUGCCGAAACGGCAAAACUGACAGGAAAGCUCAGGAACAAAAUCUUCAAUAAAGAAAGGGGGAAAUUUAUGAUUUAUUUAGGGGGCCACUGUGAAAUGAUGAAAACAUGAAAACAUUAGCAGGGUUUUGAUAACACUUGUAAUGUAGUAAAUAUCAUGGACAAUAUUGAGAAGUAUUAUGAAAUAAUAUGCAGUAGAAAAGGUUGACAGGGUCCUUUCCAUCUCCACAAUUCUAUGGUUCUACAUUGAAAUUGAAAUACUUUAUUGUCACUUGUACAACAUGUAUACAGUGAGAUUACACGAGCACCCCCCACUCAGUUCUCUUAGUCUUAAUUCCCCUCGUUUACUUACUUACGCACACCCACCAAACCUGAAAGUCAGUUGCCCUGUUGUUAUCUUUUCAUUCAGCAGCCUAACAGCCCAUGGAUAGAAGCUGUUCUUUACCCUGUUGGUGCGACUAAUCCUGCUUCUACAUCUUCUGCCUGAGGGCAGGAGAUCAAGAAAGUGCCAGCCAGGGUGUGAAUCAUCCCUGAGAAUUUUCCUCACUGUCCUGAGGCAAUGUUCUUCCGCUAUUUCAUCUAGUGGAUUCACGGGACAGCCCAUAAUAUCUUGUGCUGUAUUCACCACCCUCCAUAGGCACUUCCUAUCAGUUGAUGUCAAACCAGCGUACCACACCAUGAUGCAGUAUGAAGGGACACUUUCUGUUGUUGACCGGUAGAAGGAGAUCAUCAGAUGUUGAUUGACAUUGUUCUUUCACAAUAUUCUGAGGAGAUGGAGUCUCUGUUGUUAUCUCUAUGAUAAUCAUAAGAGUAAUCUAUCAUUGAAAUUCUACUCAAUGAUGAUCCAAAGCAGAUUCCAAUGUAUAGUUAGCAGAGUAAAAACUUGCAGGAUUCCAAAAAAUUAUAUUUCAUCCAGCAGAGCUUUACUGCUACUGAAGGCAAACAAGCAUAAUGGUCACAAAUCCAAUACAUUUAGGAUUGGCACUGUCCACAAUAAACCCAGUUGCAGCAGAAUUAACUUAAACUUACAAUAACUUCUUAUAAAACGAAACCUUAACACUAAGCAUACUUAGCGUUCCACACCAGAAGGAAAAGAGAGAGAACGAGGAAAUGUACAACCCAGGUUAUUUCUGGCCUUAUCAUUAUAGCCAGCAUGACCUUUUCUGAAAGAAAUAACAGACCCCAGUUUAAGCCAGCUUCUCUGAAGGAAUAACCCAAACAUCAUGAAGUUUCUUUCACACAGAGAAUCUUCCAGAACCUCCUUGUAUGAAUUAGAAUAGAAAAGAUCUCUACACAUCAGAUCACUACUUUCUGCACCAAGAAAUACAAACUGACAUAAUCUUCACAUUUUCUCUUUGAUUUCAGGAGGGGAUGUCUGGGAGACAGACAACGAAACCAAAGCACACCCAGUGUUUGGGGAAGGCAAUAAGUGUCCCGACACAGAGGACGACGCGUGGAAUCAGGAUGGAUUGAAGAAGCAGGAGGGAAGUAAAAACAGUGAGAGGAGUCACGAGCCCCUUUCGUGCCCAGACGGCAACUUAUGUGAAAUUGCGGCGCAGUUACGAGCCCAAAGCAACCUUCGGAGAGAUGGAAGGAAAGAGUGCCCUGCCUGUGGGAAAAGGUUUGCUUGUAAAUCUGCACGUUGAUACCCAUAUGGAAAACCUUUGACAGGGAGCCAACAAAGAGAACAGGCCAUUUGCAGAUUAGAGAGCAAACAACACAGAGAGACUUCUGAAGGUUGUUUCUGUCUAAAUCAGCAGUUCUUCAACCUGUGGGUCCCCAGAUGUUGUUUGACUACAAUUCCCAUCAUCCCUGAGCUCUGGCCUUGCUAGCGAGGGGUGAUGGGAGUUGUAGACCAACAACAUCUGGGGACCCACAGGUUGAGAACUGCUGGUCUAGAUGAAGCAGUUGGCUUGUAACUCCCCCUUCACUCGCCCUCUGUGUCAGUCCCCUCCUCCUGUCUACGGCGAGCUCCAAGGGACCCUCUCAGUUAGGGUUGCCAUAUGUCCUCUUUUUCCAGGACAUGUCCUCUUUUUCAGAUCUGGUUGCCAUUUUCCCUCUUUUUCCAGGAUUAAAAUUUCUUUCUGGGCAGAUUUUUAAAAAUUUGGCAAAAUGUCCAGGGGGGGGAGGGGAGUUGUUUGGUUUUUUUGUAACUCAAGAAAAAUUGUCUAGCACAUCAGGCUCAGAUCUAAGGCACCUGGCUAAGCUAAUCUGCAGCAGAGAAUCACAACAGAGCAACACCUUAAACUAACUAUAUCCUGUAUAAAUCCCUUCUUUUGUGGCUGAACUGAAAGGAUGCUGGCUCAGCUACAAGAUCUUUGAGAAGGAGUCUGGGAGGGCAGGAGUUCACAUCCCCCUGCCCUUAAGGAGAGUCCAUAAAGGUAAAGGGACCCCUGACCAUUAGGUCCAGUCGUGGCCAACUCUGGGGUUGCGACGCUCAUCUCGCUUUAUUGGCUGAGGGAGCCGGCGUACAGCUUCCGGGUCAUGUGGCCAGCAUGACUAAGACGCUUCUGGCGAACCAGAGCAGCGCACGGAAACACCGUUUACCUUCCUGCCGGAGCAGUACCUAUUUAUCUACUUGCACUUGGACGUUCUUUCGAACUGCUAGGUUGGCAGGAGCUGGGACCGAGCAACGGGAGCUCACCCCGUUGCGGGGAUUCGAACCUCUGACCUUCUGAUCAGCAAGCCCUAGGCUCUGUGGUUUAACCCACAGCGCCACCCGCGAGAGUCCAUAUGUACAUGUUAAACGGCUUAAUAAAUUGUUCUGUGCACAGUUGGCUUCCUGCAGCCAAUCAGAAGCCGCACUUUGGUUUUCGAACGCUUUGGAAGUCAAACACACUUCCGGAACGGAUUCCGUUCGACUUCCAGUGUACAACUGUAUAUAUUAUGUGGUUUUAUAUUUUGAAUUUGUUCUCUGAACUGCCCUGAGACCUCCGGGUUUUGGGCGGUAUAUAAAUUCAAUUAACAACAACAACAACAUCCAACUGGACUCCUCAAACCAGCUAGUUUUGUUAGGGAGAGAGAGAGCUUUUCCUGCUGCCUUGCUGUAUACAAUGCCUCACUCUUGCACGUUGCCGUAGGUGGACCAGAGAUGAAACCCAAAAGAUGCUCUCCAUAAUAGCUCAGAGUGCCGGCACCAAGGUGUUUAUGAGCAGUAGCACGGCUACCAACGAGAAGUACUGGAAGUCCUUGCAGGACAGCAUGCAUGCCCUGGGAUACUCGAGAUCCACCUGCCAGCUCCGUGCAAAGUGGAAGCGCCUGAAGAUCGACUUUUUCAAUCGGGGAAUCAAGGCGGCGUGUGGACAGAUUCGAGUCAAGCAUCCUCCUGCCUUCUACAAGGAAUUAACUGCGAUCUGGAUCGCGGCAGGGAAGCCGCCUUUCGGGGAACGCAGAAAGCCUGGUAGGUUGUUUUUUUAAGGAAAAUCCUUACUAUUUGCAGGAUAUUCUGUUUCUGGGUGUCAUUUCCCCCCCAUAUUUCUCUCUUGUUUUAUUAUAUUUUUAUUGAUUUUUACAUAUAAUUUCCAAAAAUCAUAUAACAUAUUUUCUUAUCUUAUACAAUGUAUUGGACUUCCAUCAACCACAUCUGAAGAUUUUUCAAUCUUUAUCACUUAAUCUACAUUUCAUUAAUUUCCUUAUUACUUUUAAUAAUCCUUAACUAAUAAUUCUCUUCAUAAUCUUCUCUGCAAUAUUUCACAUAGUCCUACUUACAGGGCUUCUUGCAGUCCUACUAGCGUAAUCUGUUUAUCACAAUUGCUUUUCAAAUAGUUGAAGUAUUUAUUCCAGUCCUCUGAGAAUCUCUGGUCCAGCAGGUUUCGAAUCCUUCCUGUCAUCUUGUCGAAUUCUGCAUAGUCCAUUAAUUUCAUCUGCCAUUCUUCUUUCGUCGGUAGUUCUUCAUGUUUCCAUUUCUGUGCCGAUAAUACUCUUGCUGCCAUUGUUGCAUAUAAAAACAAUUUACUGUCCUGUCUGUUAAUAUCCCCCCCUACAAUACCAAGUAACAAUGCUUCUGGUUUUUUUAUAAAUGUAUAUUUCAACAUCUUUUUCAUCUCAUUAUAUAUCAUUUCCUGGAAGCUUUUCACUUUCUUACAUUCCCACCACAUGUGAUAAAAUGAUCCUUCUUUUUCUUUACAUUUCCAACAUUUAUUACUUGUUUUGUACAUUUUAGCUAAUUUCACUGGUGUAAUAUACCAUCUGUACAUCGUUUUCAUCACAUUUUCUUUCAAGGCAUUGCAUGCUGUAAAUUUUAAUCCUUCUUUCCACAGUUUCCCCCAGUCUUUUAACUGUAUGUUAUACCCAAAAUCCUUGGCCCAAUGUAGUUUUCUCCCAUAUUUCUCAUUCCAGCAUUCCGCCUUUCCCUCCCCCCCAAGCCUAUAAUCUCCUACAAGACUACAGAACUUUAGUUGUGGUUCAUGCAUUGCAGGGGGUUGGACUAGAUGACCCUUGGGGUCCCUUCCAGGUCCAAUUCUAUGAUUCUCAUGACCCAGGUGGUUUAUCUAGGGCAGACUUCGCCAAUCUGGGGUCGAUGGGAGUUGUAGUAGUUCAAUAGAUAUAACAACACUGAAAUACAAGAUGCGAUUGGAAAAUUUGGUGAAUGGUCACAGAAAUCGGACAGCGAGAAAUAUUCGAACAUACAAUCGGCAUCGGAAACCCAUGAAAUGCUUACAAUUGUGUACAGAGAUGAAACUGUAAGUCAAAAGCCAGCGUAUGAGUGGUUUAAGCCUUUCCAUGAAGGGCGGCAAACCAUCGAAGAUGACCCUCAGUCUGGCAGACCAUCGACAAGCAGCAAAUGUUGACAGAGUUUGUGAGUUAUUGAUGUGGGAUUGGCGUUUGUCCAUCCAAAUGAUGGCGGAAGAAUUGCAUAUUCCGUGUGAAACAGUUACUGAGGUUAGUGGGUUGUCCCACCCUCCAUAUUCUCCCGAUCUGGCCCCACCAGAUUUCUUUCUUUUUCCAAAACUGAAAUCUGCACUGAAAGGGCACAGAUUUUCCAACAUUUCACACGUCUAAGCUGCUGUGAAGAGGGAACUGAAAGCAGUAUGAAAAGAGGACUUCGCCAGAAGUUUCCAACAGUUCUACAAACGUUGUCAACGGUGCAUUGUAUCUAAGGGGGUCUACUUUGAAGGCCUGUAAGCUAUGUAUGUUUGAACAUUUCUCACUGUCCGAUUUCUAUAACAACAUUGAGGAAAGCCAGAUAGCAAAGGUGAUGUAGAAAGAAGACCAUCACCUGCUCCAUGCGAAGAUCUAUCUAUACCAGGCUUUAGCCCACAAGAGCACUUUCCCCAGUUUCCAGAAACCAGUAUUCAGAAAGCCUUAAGGCCUCCAACCGUGUUUCCACUCAUUUCGGUUUCUCUCUCAAUUUCAGUGGUGGAUGUGUGCGAGACGGACAACGAAAGCAAUUCCACAAAUGGGGAGCUACCCCCAGUAAGGCCCUGCGACAGGCCAGCGACCACUAAGCAGCAGCCCAAAGAGGCACCAGCCACCAGGCUUCCCCUGCGGAUUGUGGGACCCGAGGUGGUUGAUACCGGCGGAGUCGCUCCUUUAGGUACGCCAGUCCCAAGCCAUAUUUAUUUGUGCGUUUUGCUUAAAUGUUUGCAGGCUGCGCUUUUGUGUAAAAUGCCGUCCGGCGGAAUGCAAUCUAAAAAGACAGUGCUGUGGUAACAACAGUAAAAGCAUCAAACACAUCAGUAGAAGUGGUAGUCUGCAAUUAUUUUGGAAUCCCCACUGUUCUGUUACAAUACGAUAAUCUUUAUUGUCAUUAUCCCAUACAGAACAACGUAAUUGAAAAAAUCUACAUCAGACAUUCAAAAACCAACAAGCCUGCUAUCCCAGCUAUCCCAGCCUGGUUAGCCCCCUAAAAACUCUGAUACCCCAUAAUUAAAUACAAUAUACUCCCACAAUAUAUCCCAUUUGGAUAGAAGCUGUUUCUCAGGCGGCUAGUCCUAGUCUUUAUAACCCUGUACCUUCUUCCAGAAGGCAGAAGCUGAAAGAGAUCAUUUCCGGGGUGCGCACUAUCCUGCGCUAUCUCUGCAGCUUUCUUAUGGCGCCUGGAAGCGUAGAUUUGAUCCAAGGUGGGAAGAGUGCACCCAAUUAUUCUCUCCGCAGUCUUUACAACCCUGGACAGCAUUGUUUUUUCCCCUGACCGUGUUCUUACGUUUCCUACUCGCUUUUUUGGUCUUUCGUGGAAUAACAAACUGGUUUGAUGUUGAUGCUGCUGCUGCUGCUGUUGUAAAUUUUUAUUGAAUUUUCAAAAGUUUAACCUAUGUACUUCCAUACAUAGAAGAUUUGUAUUUUCCCAACUUCCCAUGGUAUUUUAAUCCCCGCCCCUUCUGCUGCACAGUACCUUCUAUUUCUUUACAACCAGUGUGCCCUGGCACCCUGGGGUGCCUUGAAGGAUGGUCAGGGGUGCCUUGGGCAACACCCGCCUCUUCCUUCCUUCCUUCCUUCCUUCCUUCCUUCCUUCCCUCUUCUGAUGCCCUCUUGUGUUUCUGCCUCCCAAAGGCUUGCAGAGCUGUUUGUGGCAGCAGCCCUGGCUACAAGCUCCGCAGGCAAAUGAUGCCUCUGGAUCUGGCCAGGAGGUGCUAGGUGCCAUGAGCUGAGGCAGCCUCAGAGUAAGCAAGCAAGUGAACAAGGGCACACAGCUCCCAGCCAGCCCUUGCUGUUGGGGAUGGACAGACAGGUGUGGGACCAGGCAGGCAGGCAGGUGCUUUGCUAGCCUUACUUGCGCUUGCUGUGUGUAAUGCCUGCCUGGGAGCUGAGUGCCCAGUGCCAGAGGGGAGCCUUUCCACCAGGCAGGCCUGGUGGUGCCCACUGUUGCUGCUACUACUGCUGCCUCCCAAGGUGAGUAAGGUGCUGGCCUCAUACUCACCUUUGGCCAGUCUCCGUUGGGCCACUAAGGCUGGCGGCAUCUUCUUCCCAGGCCGCUGGGGGGGGGUGACAUGAGGAGACACCUCUCUUUGGAGCAGGGGGGCAGCCCAGAGACCAGGAGUGGUGGCGGCAGCUGCCCAGAGGACUCCCAAGGAGAGGGGAGAAUAAUAAUAAUAAUAAUAAAAUUUUAUUUAUACCCGCCCUUCCCGGUUCAAAAACCAGGCUCAGGGCGGCUAACAACAAAUUUAAAACACCUUAAAACACUGAAUUAUAAAAGCAGCAUAAAAUACAGUAUAAAAACAUGAAUAACAAUAAAAUUCAAAAAUCAAUUAGAUAAUCCCCAGGGUUAGCUGGCUGAAUUGGUCCUACUUGGACCAGCGAGGAGGCCAGGGGAGAAUUAGCUGUGGGGUCUCAGAGCGGGUGGCUGAGGGAACAAUACACAAGGGAGGGUGUUUGAAAAGGGGUGAGGGGCUGCCGGCAAGGGGGGACAUAACUGGGUUUCUGAGCCCCACGGGGUGCCGCGGAAAGAAGGAAGUUGGCCGAGGGAGCCAUGGACUCAAAAAGGUGUACAACCUCUGUCUUGCACCAAUACAUCAAAACUCUGUUCUCCAGUUCCUUCUGUUGCUCGUGUUUCAAAUCCUGCUCACGAGUUCAUCAAACUAUAACAUUUCCUUAAAUAGUCCUUUAAUGUCCAUCUGAAUUUGUUAAACCAAUGUUUACAUUGUGACAUUGCUUUGAUAUGCCCCGUAGGAAGCAGUAGAUAAAUAGAUAAUCUCAGCAGACACGUUUGCCUCCUCUCUCUUUCAGGAGGGGAUGUUUGGGAGACGGACAACGAAUGCCAAGCCCAUCCAGUGUACGAGGACUGCGCUAGCUGCCCACACACGGAAGAGGAUGACUGGGAUCAAGAUGAAACGAAGAAGCGGGAGGGAAACAGAAGCAACGAGAGUUCUGCUCAUGUGUGUGGCAACUUCUCCGGAAUCGCAGGCCGCUUGCGAGACCAAACACCGCAAAACGCGGAGGAAGGGGAGGAGUGUUCUGCCUGCUGGAAAAGGUGAUUUGCAAGUACAACUGGUUGAUAUCUAUACAGAAACCCAGCUAUGGGGAGAAGGAAAUGUGUCUGGAGUGUGGAAAGAGCUUCAGGUCAAGGCAACCCACUUUCUUCUAGGAAUCUGUUUCCGAAAGGCUGUUAUAGAAAUUUUGGGGUUAGGAUGUGCUCGAGCGUUGUCGUCUCUCAGAUAAAGCUGCUCAUUGUUGGGCAGGGGGUGGGGUUUACAAAACAAUAAUAAUCGAGGAAGCAUAGGCAAAAAAAACCCUUCCAUAUUUAAUAAAUACACCCAAGACUAAAAAAACAUGAAUGUCCCCCUUUGCAGUGCGUGCACAAAUCCGUCUGUGUCUCUGCAUGUGGGAUGCUAUUGCCUGCAUGACCCUCCUCUGCAGUUCCAUUUAGGAACUGCUUUGCAUGAAGUACAUUGGUACCUCGGGUUAAGUACUUAAUUCGUUCCGGAGGUCCGUUCUUAACCUGAAACUGUUCUUAACCUGAAGCACCACUUUAGCUAAUGGGGCCUCCUGCUGCUGACGCACCGCCAGAGCACAAUUUCUGUUCUCAUCCUGAAGCAAAGUUCUUAACCUGAAGCACUAUUUCUGGGUUAGCGGAGUCUGUAACCUGAAGCGUAUGUAACCUGAGGUACCACUGUAUCUCAAAGGUAAUUUCACAAUGAAGGAACGUCAAUAUUAGCCCAGCGCUCUCACAAACACCCACUCACCCCCUUCAUACCCUACGCUAUGCAAGUCUUGGGAUGAACAAAUGCGUUUUUAACACAGGUCGCUCUCAUAACUGUUGGUUGAUCUUGGUACUGCGCACACCAGGGUGGGGGCCAGAUAUGUGGCCCUCCAGCUGUUGGACUGCAACUCCAAGUAUUAUGGAACUUAUUGGCCAUGGCAGGUGAGACUGAGGAGAACUGUAGUCCAACCUCAGUGGGAGGGAAAUAGGUUAGCCAUCCCUGCUCAACACUGACUGGCUGUAGCUCUCCAAAGUUUGAGAAUGGGCGCCACCCUGUGGGGGAUGCCCUCCCAUCGGAUGUCAAGGAGAUAAAGGACUACACAACUUUUAGAAGGCAUACAGGGAGUUUUUUAAAAUGUUUAGUGUUUUAUUGUGUUUAUUACGGCUGGGGCAACCCAGCCAGAUGGGCAGGAUAUAAACAAUACAUAUUAAUAACAAUCAUCAUCAUCAUCAUAAUUCAUUAUGGGUUUCCCCAGCCACUCUGGGCGGCUCCCAACAGAAUAUUAAAAACACAAUAAAACAUUAAAAACUUCCCUAAACAAGGCUGCCUUCAGAUCUCUUCUAAAAGUUAGAUAGUUGUUUAUUUCCUUGACAUCUGAUGGGAGGGCGUUCCACAGGGUGGGCGUAUUAGUAUUAGUAUUAUUUGAAGUAGGGUCUCUCCCAGCCCUAUUUAGUGAGCAGGGAUAUAGGUCAACAACAACAGCAACAAAUACCCCGCCCAUCUGGCUAGCAAAAUAAUAAUAAUAAAAUGUAAAACAUUCCUGAUACAGGGCUGACUUCAGAUGUCCUCUAAAAGUUGUUGUUGUUGAUGAUGAUGAGAAGAAGAAGAAGUAGAAGUUGCAGUUAUCAUUUAUAUAACAUAUACUGUGUUGGUUUCUGAGGGGAAAGCAAAGGCAUUAUGUUGGAAGACGCAGGGUAGAUAAAGUGCUCUUCACACAGCACAUAAACUGUGGAACAGACGAGGAUUAGACAAAUUCAUGAAGGAGAGGGCUCUUAAUGGCUGUUAGCCAUGGUGACUCAACUCUGCCUCUGAAUCACAGUUUCUGGAAACCACAGGAGGACAGAGUGUUGUUAUGCUCAAAUGCUACCUGUGGGAUUCCCAAAGAUAUUUGGAUGAGCACCAUGAAACCAAAAUGCUGAGCUAGGUGGGCCAUUGGCCUGAUCCAAUAGGCUCUUCUUGUGUUCUUACGUUAACCAGCCGAAUUCCCCAAACCAACUACUGCAUUUUUCGCUCUGUAAGACGCACCAGACCAUAAGACGCACCUAGUUUUUGGAGGAGGGAAACAAGAAAAAAAAUAUUCUGGAUCCCAGAGGAUAGCUGCGCGAAGCCUCUUCAGGGCAGUGGGAGGAAGGCUCCCCCAAGAGCUGUGCUCCCUUUAAAGAGCUGCCCUUCUCCCUCCUCGGGGAAAAGCCCCCAAGGGCCGCACACAUGCUCCACGCGGCUCUUUAAAGGGAGUGCUGAGCAGAGCCUCCCACCUGCAUUCGCUCCAUAAGACGCACACACAUUUCCCCUUACUUUUUAGGAGGGGAAAAGUGUGUCUUAUGGAGCGAAAAAGACGGUCGUUUUGCUAGAGGGAGAGAGAAGUCAUCUUGAUUUAUUUUAUAGUGCCAAUACACUUCUUUGACUCUUGCAUGUUGUCGUCCUAGAUGGACCGGAGACGAAACCCAAAAGAUGCUCUCUAUAAUCGCCCGUAGCCCCGGCAUCAAGGCGUUUAUGAGCAGCAGCCCGGCUGUGGACGAAAAGCACUGGAAAGCCCUGCAGGAUGAAAUGCUCUCUCUGGGAUACUCCAGAUCCAGCUGCCAGCUCCGCGACAAGUGGAAGCGCCUGAAGAUUGACUUUUUCAAUCAGGGCAUUGAGGCGGCUUGCGGACAGGUCAGAGUCAAGAACCCUCCUCCCUUCUACAAGGAAGUGACUUCGAUUUGGAUUGCAGCUGGGAAACCACCUUUUGGGGAGCACAGAAAGCCCGGUAUGUUUUAAAAGAAACCUUCUGAUUUGCAGGUCUUCUGGGGUUUUUUCAGAUUUAUAAUUCCAGUAUCUUGACUGUGCUGGGUUGAGUGCAUAAAGCUAGAGAAGGCUGCUGCAAGGCAUUUUUUAUUAAUUGGCUCUUCAAAAUACAGUGGCACAUCUGGUUAAGAAUUUUUGUUUUGUUUUGUUUUUUAAACUUUUUUUAAUUUAAAAUUAAAAAAAAAACAUAUUAUCCAGAAACAUAUCAUCCUUAGUUUCCCCCCCCCCCAUUUUUCCUCCCUCCGCCCCACCCUCCCACACAAAACCCACCCACCCCCACCCCCGGACUUCCCUCAGUUCCAGUCUUCUUUGAUUUCUCUAAGAAUGUUGUUUUCUGCAUGUUACACAGUUAUAUAGAUCCUCAAACUAUUUAGCUGAUUAUUAUCAAUAAAAAGUUUGUGAAUGUUUAUUCAAAGCCAGCCAAGGAGUCCAGUUCGCUUUGUUGUGUCUUCAGAUACUUUGUAAAGGCUUCCCAUUCAUCUUUAAAGUCACAGUUAUCCUUGUCCCAUAGCUUAUAUGUCAGUUUUGCCAGUUCUGCAUAGUCCAUCAAUUUUUCUUGCCGUGAUUGUUUAGUUGGGGUUUCUUCAGUCUUCCAUCCUUGUGCUAUUAAAACUCUCGCGGCCACAUCUGGUUAAGAACUUAAUUCGUUCCAGAGGUCCGUUCUUAACCUGAAACUGUUCUUAACCUGAAGCACCACUUCAGAUAAUGGGGGCUCCCGCUGCCUGUGCACCGCCACCACACGAUUUCUGUUCUCAUCCUGAAGCAAAGUUCUUAACGUGAGGUACAGUGGUACCUCAGGUUACAGACGCUUCAGGUUACAGACAUUCAGGUUACAUACUCCACUAACCCAGAAGUAGUUCCUUGGGUUAAGAACUUUGCUUCAGGAUGAGAACAGAAAUUGCGUGCCGGCAGUGCAACAGCAGCAGGAGGAGGCCCCAUUAGCUAAAGUGGUGCUUCAGGUUAAGAACAGUUUCAGGUUAAGAACGGACCUCCAGAACGAAUUAAGUACUUAACCCGAGGUACUAUUUCUGGGUUAGUGGAGUCUGUAACCUGAAGCGUAUGUAACCCGAGGUACCACUGUAGAUCCACCUUCGACAACCUGGUGGCUUUCCAUGUACAGUGGUACCUCGGGUUACAGACGCUUCAGGUUACAGACACUUCAGGUUACAGACUCCGCUAACCAAGAAAUAGUACCUCAGGUUAAGAACUUUGGCUCAGGAUGAGAACAGAAAUUUCGCCACAGCAGCAGCGCUAGGCCCCAUUAGCUAAAGUGGUACCUCAGGUUAAGAACGGUUUCAGGUUAAGAAUGGACCUCCAGAACGAAUUAAGUUCUUAACCAGAGGUAUCACUGUAGUGCUUUUCUCUGGGGUGGGGGAAAGGGUCUGGUACUCAACAUGAGGUACUCACCACAGGGGGGUACAGUCUCUCCCCCUUUCCCCAAAACACUUUGUCUGGAAAGCUUUGAGGUUAGCCACCCCUGCUCUAAACUGAUUGGACACUCCCUUCCUCUUCCCCCUGUGCCACUCAUGUCGGUUUCUCUCUCCGUUUCAGCAGUGGAUGCAUCAGAGACCGACAACGAUUCCACAAAUGGGGAGCCACCGCCGAUAAGGCCCUGCCACAAACCAGCAGCCGCCGGGCAGCAGCCAGAAGGGGCACUGCCAACCGGGCCUCCCCUGCCAGUUGUAGGGCCCAAGGUGGUCGAUACUGGCGGAGUUGCUCCUUUAGGUACUCAGGAGCCAAGCCGUUUAUUUAUUUAUUUAUAUUUUAAAAAAACCAAACCAUUUUAAUAAUCUUUAUUGGUUUCGAUUAAAAACAUAUAUACAUAACAACAUUUAGUACAAAAACAGAAAAGGAAAGAGAAGAAAGAAAAGGGACAAAGAGAUAUAAAGCAUUAUACACGUCUUCUACGUAAAUGCAAUAACAUAUUAACACUUAAAUUCAUACAAACUCACAAAAAGAACAGAAAAGGUUUCUAUAUAUUUCUGUAUAUUUAAAAUGUUUCAUAGACUGCAUUUUCAUACAAAAUAUUCCAGCUUUGAUCCGGACAGUGGUCAGAAAGCGGCCCCUUGACUGAUAAGAUAGUAGUGAGGAGUUUUUAUGUGUGCGUUUUUAAAUGGAAAGCAUCUUUUAUGACUAGGUACUUUAUAUCUUAAGGACAGAGGAAGGGUCUGCUGCACCAGAAAUGCCCACAAGUUGUAGUGUUAGGAGAGAGGGAGGAAAAAAUACUGAUCUUUUGUCAUUUUAACAGCUUUUGCUUUUCCAAUAUUUUGUGUUCUUUUAUUUCUGUUUUCUGAAAUCCAUUAAGGUUUUAUUAUAAGAACAGUGGUACAAGCAGUUAAAGGCAAAACAAAUAGAGACACCUUCAAAUAAACGUGGACCCCUUUCUUUAACCAUGUUAAUGACCAAAAUCAAGACCUCCUUCUACCAACCGCUCAGUAUUCUCAGUGGAGAGGUUACAAUAAGUAAUAUGUCUGAAUGUUGAAUCUGUAAGUGCAUGUCUAGAGACAAUGGAUAAAACAAACACCAUUAGAUGUACUGCUGGAUAAGUGUUUAAUGGUUAUUGUAUUUGUUUAAAAACCAAUAACUAAUUGUUUGUCGGAUUUUAAAAAAGAACAGCGGUACAAAAGAAAAUCUGGAACGGCCCUGUGCUGAUUUAUUUUCCAAGAAAAUUAGAUUUUCUCCUGCUGUUCACAGAACAAAACAUUUGGUGAAGCUUACACGUCAUAUGAAUUAUAAAUAAUAUAAAGAUUAUAAUAAUGUGUAUAUCAUGACGGAAGUAGUGCACGUUCAAAGAAGCAGAACAUUGGAACGUACAGGACACAUAAAAGAAAGUCCGUUGUGCAGUACAUAGUUGAACUAUGGAACUCACGGCCACAAGAAGCAGGGGUGGCCACCAACCCUAGAUGGCUUUAAAGGCAGAUUAGCCAAAUUCAUGGAGAAGAGGGUUAUCAAUGGCUACUAGCCAUAACAGCUGUGCUCUGCCUCCACAGUUGAAGCAAUGCUUCUGAAUCCCACUUUCUGGAAACUGCAGGAGGGGAAAGGGUCCUGUGUUUGAAUCCUGCUUGCAAGCUUCCCACAGGAAACUGGUUGGCCACUGUGAGACCAGGAAGCUAGACUAGAUGGGCCACUGACGUGAUACAGCAAGCUCUUUCUACAUUUUUAUGCGCUGUGUCUUAGAUACCAUUUUUAUAAUAAUAAUAAUUUAUUAUUUAUACCCCGCCCAUCUGGCUGGGUUUCCCCAGCCACUCUGGGCAGCUUCCAACAGAACACUAAAAUGCAAUAACAUAUUAAACAUUAAAAGCUUCCCUAAACAGGGCUGCCUUCAGAUGUCUUCUAAAAGUCUGGUAGUUGUUUAUCUCUUUGACAUCUGGUGGGAGGGUGUUCCACAGGGCAGGUGCCACUACCAAGAAGGCCCUCUGCCUGGUUCCCUGUAACUUCACUUCUCGCAGUGAGGGAACCACCAGAAGGCCCUCAGAGCUGGACCUCAGUGUCGGGGUUGGACGAUGGGGAUGGAGACACUCCUUCAGGUAUACUGGACUGACUGAGGCCGUUUAGGGCUUUAGAGGUCAGCACACUUUGAAUUGUGCUCGGAAACGUACUGGAAGCCAGUGUAGGUCUUUCACCAGUCUAGCUGCAGCAUUCUGGAUUAGUUGUAGUUUUUAAUUAACACCACCUCCGUUUGUUCCUGUAGUUGAAGUUGCAAGGAAGGUGACCAGAUGCAGAGAAGAGAACGAAGGAUGGGAGCAGGACGAGCCAAUGACCCCGUCUUCUGAAGAGGAACCUCAAGGAACUCCUCCUUCUCCUCCCUUCCACCACCAGCAAGCCCCUUCUCUUCCAGAAGACCAGAUUGAGUUCAAAGAGAUAAAGGAGGAGGUGGAAGAUGCAGAUGAAUCUGUUUUGGGGUACCCUCCUCAAGGACUUGCGGAAGCAGCUCGUAGCAGUGGUGGUCUUCUCACGACAACUGCAAGUAGCAGAUCAGCAUCUGCCACAGAGAGGCAUGUGAAGCAGUGGUAUAUCAGCCAACAAUGUCCCACCUGUUCCUCAAUGAGUAAGUCAAGUUAUUGAACUAAGUUUUCCCAUUCAAACCGUUGCGGGUGGCGCUGUGAUCUAAACCACUGAGCCAUUUGGGCUUGCUGAAGGCAAUAGAAGCUUUUGUGUUCCACAGACGUGCAAACGAAAGAACUUAAAUGUGACAAGGAUUCCCAGAAUAAUACCUUGUUUCACCCUGCCAGGCUUCAUCAGCCAAGCAUACUCAUAUUUUGUGUAUCAAAGACAUGGAACAAGUGACACAGCAGAUACCGCAUAUUAUUCCGGGAAUCCUUGUCACGUUUAAGUUCUUUCGUCUGACACUGGCAUACAACAACUAUAUUUUGCAAAGGCACGUGUUAAGAUCUUUCGUAUCCUUUGUCUGAUACCUGCAUACAGCAGCUGCAUACAACAACCAUACUUUGGAAAGGCAGAUGUGGAACAUUACAAAGAAAAGUUCAUCUUUUGCAAGUACUGCUCCUUAAAGUUGUUAUGUUUGACACUUGUAUUCGCUAAGACAUACGUGGAACACAAAAGCUUCUAUUUGGACAUUACUUAUAUAAGAACUGAUCUAUUUGUAUUUCCUGUUCUAAAUGUUGGUCCUUAAUUGCUUCUAUUCAAUUAGAUAAUGUGAAAAGAGUUGUGUUUAUAUGAUGUAUAAAGAAUUUACUUAGUUAAACACAGCCAGUUACGUUGUGGGUGUAUUUGUUAGUUGAAUUUACGUAACUAUUGGUUUGACAGUGUUGUGUGUGGACAAACACUGGCUCCCUCGGCCUGAAAGCAAGAUGAGCGCCAUACCCCAUAGUCGCCUUUGACUGGACUUAACCGUCCAGGGGUCCUUUACCUUUACCAUACAGAUUAUUAAUUUGUGAAUCACCUGAACCCUUUUGUCCCAGCUCGGUCGUUGAGAUCAUCUGCAGGAGCAUCAUCGGUCGUUCCCCGAGUUGUUGAGGGUCUUCGCUCAUAACACUGGAACUCGCAGACCUCCAAGGAAGAUGAAUCCAGUCAAACUUCGGUUGUCGAACGUAAUCCGUUCCGGAAGCGCACUCGGCUUCCGAAACGUUCAAAAACCGAGGCACGGCUUCCGAUUGGUUGCAAGAGAUACCUGUGUUCAAGCGGAAGCCAUAUCGGACGUUUGGCUUUUGAAAAACAUUUGAAAACUGAAGUGUUUACUUCCACCUUUUCGACAUUUAGGAGCCAAAACGUUCAAAAACGGAGCCGUUCGGGAGCCAAGGUUUGAGUGUCUUGGGAGAUUCAGGACAGAUAAAGCAAAGUCCUUUUUCACACAGUUAAACUAUCCGCAGGAGGCAGUGACAGCCACCAACCCAGAUUGCUUUAAAAGAGGAUUAGACAAAUUCAUAGAGGGCCAUUGAUGGCUCCCAGUCAUGGCUCAAGGCGGCCAUGCUUCUGAAUGGCAGUUGAUGGAAACCACAGGAGGGGAGAGAUGUUCUUGGGCUCGAGUCCUGCUGGGCGAUUUCCCAUUCAGACAUUUGGUCAGCCGCUGUGAGAACAGGAUGCCGGACUAGACAGGCCAUUGGCCUGAUCCAGUAGGCUCUUACUAUGUUCUUGUGUACCAAAUAACAACUAGAAAUAGUUUUCAGAAAUAGUUUUCUGAAGGAGUGUCUCCACCCCCAUCGUCCAGCCCGGACACUGAGGUCCAGCUCUGAGGGCCUUCUGGCGGUUCCCUCACUGCGAGAAGCGAAGUUACAGGGAACCAGGCAGAGGGCCUUCUCGGUAGUGGUGCCCACCCUGUGGAAUGCCCUCCCAUCAGAUGUCAAGGGAAUAAACAACUAUCCGACUUUUAGAAGAUAUCUGAAGGCAGCCCUGUUUAGGGAAGUUUUUAAUGUUUUAUCGUGUUUUUAAUAUUCUGCUGGGAGCUGCCCAGAGUGGCUGGGGCAACCCAGCCAAAUAGGCGGGGUAUAAAUAAAUUGUUAUUGUUAUUAUUUAGUGUAAUUAGUCCAGUACUGUAUUGUGCAAAAUUCUGCCAACAGAUAUCCACCAGGCACCUUCUUUUCCAACUUUUAAGCACCUGCAGGAACGGUUAAUUGAUGUCCUUUUAACACACUUUUUUAGCUUAUAGUUUUAUGUAUUUUUUUCCGUAAACUUCUUUGAUAUCUUUUGGAGAUAGCAGUCUAUAAAUAAAAUAAAACAAUGGCACAUCUCAAUGCUGAUUUGCAGCAUUAUAACCGCUAAGGGAAGAGAAAAAAAUUAACAGAGCAAUCCCUACCCCCAGCAGAGAGUGGUUUUUUGUUUUUGUUUUUUUAGCAGAGAGUGGUUUCAAAACAAUGCAAAAUGUGUAUUUAAGGCAGAAAGAACUUUUCAUCCAGCGGGAAAAGUUUGUUGAAACAAAUUGGGUUCACAAAGUGUGCUACGGAUAUACCAUCAGGCUGAUCUGCAGCACGUAAGGAAAUCUGUUUCAAAAUUCAAUCAAUAUUAGUGUAUUUCCAGUUUUUCCUAGCAUCCUACAUUACUGCGGCAGACUCACCACGGCCUGGAAUUAAAUCUGUGUGCAUACCUUACAUUUAAAGCUGCGGCGCAUGUAUGCAGCCUUAAACUCCCAUGCGCCACUGAGUCGUAACUUGGGUGGGACAGAUCUCUCUUAAGUCCCACAAGGGGAGAACUGACUGCAUUCCUCACAACAUAGUUCCUCGUUGCAAUAGCUCCCACCUUGGUAGCCUUGAGCAAUAAAAUGUCUUUCUAUUCUCGUUUUUUAUAAUAAUAAAAACAGGCGGAGAAAUUGAGAAGCUGAAGAACGAGACAGAGGCGUUAAAGAACGAGACAGGAAAAUGGAAGGACGAGAUGUUGGAGGCGCUGCAACGGAUUGAAAAAAAGAUGGAUGCUGUCCUGUCUGCUGUGGCCCCUGGACCGCCCACCCAUGAGCACUGAUAGUAGAGCACUUGAUGAGCACAAAUAGAUUCCCUAGCAAUGAGGCAUAGUUCCCCCUGUAUUUACUAGGUCUUGAGAGUGUAAAUUGUCUUCUCAUUCAUGUUUGGAGUUCUGGGCUGGAGACUGGUGGGGAGGUUAGUAGCUGUGCAUAGAGUGAGCAUUUAUGUUUGGAAUUGUUAUCUGUGUAAGGUGCCGAUACCUUUCUGUGUUUUCUGUUGCUGCUUCCAAUCACCUUGUUUCAAAAUGCCUGUGCUAAUAAAAUACACAUCAUUCCAACA